UUUGCAAAGUAUUUUUGAUAUAAAAUACAAACAUGUAGUUAGUUUCUUUCAAAAGAAAGGCCAAGUCGUUUACUGAGUGCAAGAAAGAAGAGAAACGCAACGAGUUGCUGGCGUCCUAGGCAGUUCGUUCACCGUCCUGCGACUACAAGCGGCUCCGGCUGUUGCUGGUUUCCGUACUUGUAUUCUUCGUUCGCCUAUCGUAAUAAUUACGGUAUUAUUCGAGCCUGGGCCCAGACUAGCAGUACACCAAUAGCAUGUCGCUGUCCAGCGCUUGGCAUAACGGCACUAGCGGUCACAAGACCUCCACCGCUGGCAAAGUCGGUAGUAGCAAGACACACCGCCAGGGAAGCACCUCACAGGCACAGUCCAGCGCACGCAAACCCGCAUGGGACAGCACUGUCAGCGACUUAAACAGCUUGCGGGCUAGCAAGGCAGAGUUAGAGCACCGUCAUGUUGUCCAUCAAUCCCACAACACCGGACUAACACCGACAUUGGCUUCGCGGCAAGGUCGCUGCCUUGACAGGACAUUGUCCUUAUCAUCAUCAACCCUUGCCAGUGCCAGCUCAGUGUCCGAUAGUCGCAAAAUGACAGCAGGUGAGAGGGCUUUCUCUGCCGUGCAAGACCUGUUUGGAGAUGAUCCAAAGAGAUAUUCCAGCUCAGUGCAUCUGACUCCCACGCCAGCCGGACCAAGACUUCGAACAAGCAAUAGCCGGCUGGAGAGAUCCCUUCCAGGUGCCGAUGGUAGCUACAAUGGCAGUCUGUUUGGCUCUAGUUCCCAGACAGCGGAUAGUAGUAGUGUGAUGUCGCCAUUUGCAGCACUCAAUGACAGCAGCCUCACGGAAAGUGACGGUAAUAUGGAAACAAACACCGUGGGAGGGUGCUCAUCAGGAUCACCGCCGUACCGCUCGCAGUUAGGUGAUGCAUCCUCCAGGAUAGCCCCAAUGUCUGAUCUGCGACAGUUCCCUAUGGCCACUGCGGCGGAGACCUCAUCGCCACAGGCUGGCCAUGCGCCAAUUACCUCAAUGCUGCAUUGUCCUCGCAGUGACAGUGUUCAGCCAUCAGAAACAGCACGUGCUGCACAGUUCAUGGUGGAUGGUUGUGGAGGUGACAAGCAGGAAGAAGUAGUUACUGAGCGUCUGGACAGAAUAGCGGAUUCCGUGCGUCAGCUCUCAACUCCACUAGAGCAACUGUCACCUGGGAAGCGUGAAUCCCUAUCUGCAUCUGACCCAGCCGCCGCAUCGUUUCAUGGGCACUCGGGCCUGCUUCUGGAGACAAUUCUCAUGUUGACCUCACAUCUUAAAGAGAGUGAAGUGAGAGCAGCAAGGCAAGAUGAACAGAGACAACUACUGUCCAGACAAGCUGAGCAUCAGCAGAUACUCUUGGAUGGUCUUGCAUCGGAUAUGUUGCAGAUGAAGGCCACCCAGGAGCACAUUCUGAGACAACAUGCAAGGAUGGAGCAUGCUCUGCAAGAUCUACAGGUGGAAGUUGCUGAGUCAUUGCGACAGUCGACGGAAAGCUUUCGGCAGCUAGUUGAAGGUACAAGACAGUACCAACCAACAACAUCGAACGGAAUGAGAGAGAACGGGUUGCAGAAACAGCCCAGACCAUCAGAGAACACUUAGAAGGAAGAACCCUAAAGAAAAAACUAUAUUUUAUGAUUUUUUCAUGAAA